AUGUGCUUAGUUCUUCCAGAAGAAGAGAGAGACUAUGUCCGCAGUCUCAUAGUACAAGCCAUUACAGCUGGAUAUCGCUUAAUCGAUACAUCUAAAAUCUAUGCAACUGAGGACCUUGUUGGAGAAGCCAUCAAGGAGUCUGGUGUGUCUCGGUCUGACAUUACUGUUGUGACGAAGCUAUCUUGUGAUGAUCACCAUGAUGUGCGCGCAGCCUUUGAGAGAUCACGGCGCAUGCUCGAUACCUACAUUGAUAUCUAUAUCAUGCAUUGGCCGCAAGGCUAUACGAAAGAUGUGUCACGCCCAUUGGCGCCUGAUGAGAGUCCGACCUAUAUAGAGGUCUACAAGGAAAUGGAAAAGCUAGUGGGUCCUGAUUGCAGAGCUAUUGGUGUCGGCAACCUCACACAGAAGACAUUGGACAUCUUGCUCAAGGAAACUGAAAUCCGGCCUGUGGUCAAUGAAAUCGAGAUCCAUCCCCGGAAUCCCAAUACAAAAUUAGUCCCAUAUUGUCUGGAAAGAGGGAUUCGUCCAAUCGCAUGGGGGCUGGCCGAGAAUAGACGCCUCGCAAAACUAACCGACGGGGAGAUCCAGGCGAUAAACUCUUUGCAUGAGGAAAUUGGGAGAACGUGGCUUAUCGAUUUUGUGCCCCCGGUCUGGAUGGAGGUACCAGGGAAGGGGAAGACGAUUAUGGGAUGGACAGUACAGGAGCUUGGCUGGGUAGAUGACAGGGGAGAAUGCUUGGUUUAA